AUGCGGGAGGCUCUUGGUUACCUUGCAUAUCAAGGACUAUUUCACCGAGAUGUUAAACCCGACAACAUUCUCUACACCCCGGGAAACAGCAAUGAAUGUAUAUUUCAGCUUGCGGAUCUCGGUCUUGCUAAUGAACAAGCGUGGGCCACGACGCAAGCUGAUACUCCGAUAUUCCAGGCUCCGGAAAUAUGGUAUGGAGGGUAUAAUCAAAGGUCCAAAGUGGAUGUCUGGUCUCUGUUUGUUACACUUGUUGCUGUUACGCGCUCCGAAGCGUUUGUAGACGAAAAAUUGAAUGUCUAUGGUCAGAUCCUCGAGCUUGUCGGCAAAGCAGCAAAAUCCAGGCUGUCAUCAAUCGACUCCCGCGAACGUCUAUGGUCAAAUGAGCAUCAACGAUCCAUUAUGUUUACGCCAACAGGUAAAGUCCCGGUGCCUGCUGUUGCCCAUUCAAAACUGAAACCCGACUCUAGUGAGUUCCCAAGAGCCAAUGUCAAUCAUGUAUCUUAG